AUGGCGGACAAUAGGGAGGCUGUUUACUGUACGCUCUUAAUGAGUGACAACUAUCUCCCAGGUGCUAUGGUACUUGCCCAUUCCCUUCGAGACAAUGGCACCAAAGCAAAGAUUGUGGUUCUUGUCACCUUAGAGACACUGGAAGUAUCGACCAUCCAGGAGCUGAAGUCUGUUUAUGAUGAAGUAAUUCCGGUUACUCGGGUGGUCAACGUGUCUCCAGCCAACCUUUAUUUGAUGGACCGGCCUGAUCUUAUAUCCACAUUUACGAAAAUCGAGCUCUGGAAACAGGUUCAAUAUCGGCAGAUUGUCUAUAUCGAUGCCGAUAUUGUAGCACUACGAGCUCCAGAUGAAUUGCUUACUCUCGAUACCCACUUCGCUGCAGCCCCAGACAUUGGAUGGCCAGACUGCUUCAAUUCUGGUGUGAUGGUGUUUCGACCAAAUUUGCAGGACUACUACUCCCUGCUUGCAUUUGCACAGAGGGGCAUCAGCUUUGAUGGUGCAGAUCAAGGUCUCUUGAACAUGCAUUUUAAGAAUUGGCAAAGGUUGAGCUUUGCCUAUAACUGCACGCCUAGUGGGCAUUAUCAGUAUAUUCCAGCGUUCCGGCAUUUUCAAAGCACUAUCAGUUUAGUGCACUACAUCGGACAGCAAAAGCCGUGGACCAUGCCCAGACAAACAUACCCCGUGGAAGGCCCUUAUAGUCAACUACUUGCGAGAUGGUGGGCAGUAUACGAUCGUCAUUAUCGCCCGGUGUCUUCAGUGGUCAAACCCACAGCACUACAGCCGUCGAGUAAGCACACGACAAACCAGCGCUCCAUACAUAAAAACUCCAAUAUUUCUGGACAAUUGACUUUUGUGCCCGCAGUUACUAUUUCUAAGCCGCCAGCGCCAGAAUCUCAAGCCGCAGCAGAGAAAUUGCAGCCUGAAUGCCGGUCCACCAUACCAGCUUUCACUAUUCAGAAGCCAUUAACUUUCCAACCAGGUGAGCAUGCGUAUGUUGCAAGUCCUGCGUUACCAAAUGAAUCGUCAGAAUCAGCUUCAGAGACUACUUCCAUUCUCAACGAGGACUUGCAGUCUCCCGUUACCCAAGAUCAUCUCUACGCUCCUGAACUGCCCUUGAGUGUCGUUCCGCAAUAUGUGCACGGUGAAAGACAUACUGUUGUUCAUCGCCCUAUAUUGACCAUUAAUCUUCCUGUUAAAACUGGCGACUUUGCCUCAAAAAGACCUGCCUGUUCCCUGAUUCCCGUUGCUCUAUCCUCAAAAGAACACCUCCUAUCCGAUGUUGAACCUCCACCUGCUUUAGAAGCCAACUGCCCCAUUGAAUCCACUGAUGCAAAAAAAGAAGAUCUUGAAAAUACUAUUACACAAACGUCGCGUAUUUUUCAUCCCCCAAUGCAUGUAUGGGAUGCUUCACGGUAA